AUGCGCCCCGAAGUAGGAGUGGUUAAGGGACACCUCAGGAGGGUCCUGGACGACAAUCCCAACCUAGCCACGGACAGCGCCGGCUGGAAGAUCCCGGGAAUCUACAAACCUGCAAGUGAUUGUAACGGGACCAGCACCAGCAAGAAACAGAACCCGACGGGUGUUCGGAAGCGGCACGCGGAGGAGGAGCAGCUUCUGGUGGCCAAACGAACCAGUGCCGGCGUUGUCCAUGAAGAGGGCAAACACGAGCGGAGCAACCUGCGCUGCGACUGGGCCAAGAUUGCCAUCCUAUUCUUACUGUACCAGCUGCAGGGCAUUCCAAUCGGGCUGGCGGCGGCCAUCCCGAUGAUUUUGCAGAAUCGCGGCGCCAGCUACAAACAACAGGUGCGAGUUGAUGGUUGGGCCGGUGAUGCGUCUUAUCUCGAUGGGGACGACUUCAGCAGUGGACUGCUGUGGGCGCCGAUCGUCGACUCGCUGUACAUGUCGCGCUUUAGCCGGCGCAGUACCUGA